AUGUCGGCGGCGUCCAAGGUGGUGCUCGGGUUGACCGCGGUGCUGUCGGUCGGGACCGUGGCCGGCGUCCACAUCCAGCAGAGCCGUCUCAGGGAGAGGCUACGUGAAGGAGUGGUGAGAGACAUUGAGAGACAGAAUCGGAAAGAAGAAAACCUUCGCCUUUUGAAGGAACAGAUUGCUUUAACAAAACAACUCGAAAUAGAAAGAGAGACAGUGCUGAUGGCCAAAGGACCCCAGCAGUGA